AUGACGAGUAACCCUCUGCUAGGGUUUGUCUCCACAGACCAAAAAAAUCCAACAGAGGAAGAAGAUCAAUUGGAGAGGAGCACUAAGAAAGUUAAAGAAGGGAAGCAUCCUAAGGUGGUUGUCGGAGAUCUUAUAGGUAAUACUGUAACCUAUAAGGAUAUGGUGACUGGAGGUAACAGUGAGACCGAGAAAGCGGAAUACGAUACUGAAGCUGAUAUGCUGGAUCAAAUCAUUGAAGAUAUUGACGGGAUGACAGUGGAGGAAAAUCUGAUGGGAGGAUAUGAAUGUCCAAAUUUUGUGCUUUCAGAUCGAGAAGAGAAACGGAUCCACCGGCCAUGGAGGAGAGGUGUUAUUGUCAAGCUGCUAGGGCGGAAAAUAGGCUACAAAGCCUUGGAGAAUAGACUGAGACAGAUGUGGGUUAAAAAAGGAGUCAUUAGUAUAAUAGAUCUAAGUAAUGACUAUUAUUUAGUGGCAUUCUCUCAUGAAGAUGAUAAAAGAGUAGCAAUGGGGGAAGGACCAUGGUUUAUUUAUGAUCACUACCUGACUGUAAAAGAUUGGUGCCCAAAUUUCCAUCCGAAGAAGGACACUAUUGAAGAAGUUGCAGUUUGGGUAAGGAUUGCCGGACUCCCCAUUGAAUAUUAUGACUCUAGAGUCUUGACUUUCAUUGGGAAUAGGUUGGGCAAGGCAGUGAAGGUAGAUAAAAAUACAGUGAAGCAAGAAAGGGGUAAGUAUGCUAGAAUGUGUGUGGAAGUGAACCUGACAAAACCAUUACUUGCCAUGUUUUCCAUAAAAGGUAGAAGAUACAAGAUUGAGUAUGAAGGCCUUCAUUUGCUAUGUCUCCACUGUGGGAGAUAUGGCCACUACAAAGAAGGUUGCCCUUUGUUAGUGAAAGGAAAAAUGGUGGAGAGUAAUCGUAGUGUGGAAAUAGGUGAGAGUUCUACAUCGGAGCUGCGUAUUUUGAAAGAACCAGAUGCUGUGGAUGGCCCGUGGACGGUUGUGCAGAAACAAAGGCGAGGAAACAGGUUGCCGGAAAAAAAAAAACAGUGGUCCGGGGAGAAUUAA